AGUAACGUGAAUACUGCUAAUGAUAGCCCCAAAAUAUUCAUAGUUGCGCCUGGUGCAAUAAGCUGAAUAUCGAAUGCUUCAAAACACGCUGGUGCUGUGCCGGAAGGCGAUUCAGUCAUACCCGGUCCCACCGCGCACCCGCCUGUACUCGCGCAAAUGGAGCAGCUCGCGCACGAACCCCUACAGCCGCAUGUACUGGCGAGCGCUCCUGAACGAAGACCAUGCGCGCCCGUCUUUCUGGGUCUCCGACUUUCGACACCGGUACCUCGCCAAGCACGGCACGGAUUACCAGGGCCAAGUGCCUGCCUCUCCUGCUCCGGGCAUGUAUCAGGGCUUUAGUGACGUGCACAAGAUUCUAGCAAACCACCCUAAGCCGCAGCGGGAGUCGCGUCACCUGCCCGUGAUGCCGAUGACGCCGCGCGUGGUCUUCGAGCACGCUCAAGAAAAAAGAAUUGACUUUGCCAAGAAGAUGCACCGCGAUCGUCGCCUCGUCGAGCAGCUACGCACACACGAGUUUUGGGGUUGGUACAUGAAGCUGCAACGCGUGCGUGGUCGCUGGUGUAAGGAGCACGGCGUGUCGAGCCGCGGCGUGUACGGACCGGCGGUAGACGCGGCGGAGCUAUGGGGGUGA